AUGGCUCAGACAAAUUGCUCACAGGUGACAGAGUUUGUACUCCUUGGCCUCACGGACAAGCAAGCAUUGAAGAUGCCCCUCUUCCUGGCCUUCUUAUUCAUCUACAUCUUCACGGUCGUGGGCAACCUGGGUUUGAUCCUGGUCAUCAGAACAGAUGUGAGACUCCACACUCCCAUGUACUUCUUCCUGAGCAACCUGGCUUUUGUGGAUUUCUGCUAUUCAUCCGUCAUCACUCCCAAAAUGCUGGGGAACUUCCUGUACCAACAAAAUAUUAUAUCCUUCCGUGCCUGUGCCGCUCAGCUAGGCUGUUUCCUGGCCUUCAUGACAGCUGAAUGCUUGUUAUUGGCCUCCAUGGCCUACGACAGAUACGUGGCCAUUUGUAACCCUCUGCUCUAUAUGGUCGUCAUGUCCCCAGCCAUCUGUGUGCAGCUUGUAGCUGCCCCCUACAGCUACAGCUUCCUGGUUGCAUUAUUCCACGCGACCCUGACCUUCCGCCUCUGCUAUUGCCGCUCCAACGUCAUCAAUCACUUCUACUGCGAUGACAUGCCUCUGCUCAGGCUUGCUUGCUCGGACACUCGCUCCAAACAGCUGUGGAUCUUUGUCUGUGCAGGUGUCAUGUUCUUCUCCUCGCUUCUGAUCGUCUUGGUCUCAUACGUGCUCAUUGUCUCUGCCAUCCUGAGGAUGCGCUCGGCUGAGGGAAGGCGCAAAGCCUUCUCCACCUGCGGCUCGCACAUGCUGGCGGUGACCAUAUUCUACGGGACCCUCAUCUUCAUGUACCUGCAGCCCAGCUCUACCCAUUCCCUGGACACGGACAAGGCGGCCUCGGUCUUCUACACAGUGCUCAUCCCCAUGCUGAACCCCCUGAUCUACAGCCUCCGGAACAGGGAGGUCAAGGAGGCGCUGAAGAAAGCUGUGGGCGGCAGCAGCCAGGCUUCUGUGCUUGUGAGAUUUCAAAAAUGA